AUGAAAAAAAAAAAGUUCUCGACUUCAGAAAGAAGCACCCAAUCCCUCCACAUCGAACCCAGCUCCGUGGAGCGCUCAAUUGCGCCCAACAUGGCAGUCGACGCAAUGGAUAUCGACGCCCUUCCUCUGCGCACCGCAGACGCAGAGCGCAAGCGCAAAUCCAAAACCAAGGAUUCAUCAUCAACCAAGAAGCGCAAGCAAGAUACGCCAGAGUCCCCAUUCACCCUCAAAAAAGCAACUCUUUACCUCCCUCUCUCGCCAAUCUCUAUCUCGCCAACACAUGCGCAAGCUUCGCUUCUGGCAGAGCACCUUUCACCCCUCCUGCUCACCUACUACCCGCCGCUGAAAGGUGUGGUCAUGGCGUACUCCAAUGCCUCGAUCUCCAGCAAACCGCCUUCCCCGACUUCCGCGCCCUCAGAGAACCCCCAGCCGCUGACCAACGCUACCACUGCGGAUGAGUACGGUGUUCUGUACGUCUACUUGACCGCCACCUUCUUGAUCUUCCGGCCUCAGCGCGGCCAAAUCCUCGACGGCUGGGUCAACGUUCAAUCGGAGGGUUUCCUAGGAGCGGUAGUCUUCAAUCUCUUCUCCGUCGGCAUCGAACGCAAGCGUCUGCCGCAGAACUGGAAGUGGGUCCCUCCCGGCGAGGAGACCGAGGCCACGGACGACGACUCGGGAUCUGAUAAGGACAUGGCCGAGUUCAACGCUGAGAAGGAAGGUUUCCAGCCUGCUACGCUGGACGAAGAGGAGAUCCCUCUCGAGGGCGAGGAAGAGGAAGAGUCCGCGCACAGUGGCUACUUCCAAUCCGUUUCUGGGCACCGCGUGCGCGGGUCUGUGCGCUUCCGCGUUGUCGAUGUCGAUGUCAUCCCUGGGUCUGAGCGAGACAGCGGAUUCCUCAGUAUCGAGGGUACGAUGUUGGGAGAGGAGGAGGAGCGGAAGCUUCUCGAGUCUGAAAGACAGGGACAGUCCCUGCCUCCUUCGUUCUUCGCUGUGCCCAAGGUGAAUGCUUCAAUUCCUGUUAGCAACACACCGGCCGCAGAGGUAGUCGAGGAAGUCGAGACUGCAGAUGUGCAUCUUGACAGUCCCAAGAAAGAGAAGAAGGAGAAGAAGGAAAAGAAAGAGAAAAAGAAAAGAAAGAGACAAAGGACAAAUCCGAGAAGAAGGAGAAAAAGUCCAAGUCUUCCAAGAAGUAAACCAACUCAUAUAUAUGAGCCCUGA